AUGAAGAAUAUAAUUCAAGCCAAUAUGUCUACCAAUAUUCAACUCCAUUUCCGGGUCGCGACUCCAGAUGAUGCCGCCCAAGUCGCACAACUGGUGCAAGCUGCCUUCCGCCACCAGGACGCUAGAUGGACCGGCCCCGACGCAGAGCUCAACCGCCGCUUCACCAUGACGCCCGUAGAAGUGCUCUCGACCAUCACCAACCCCGACGCCGUUUUCUUGAUGGCCACCAACGACAAGGGCACCCUCGUAGGCGCCAUGGCCACCAUCAAGAAAAUCGAGGAGCUCGCUCGCAUGGCCAUGUUGGCUGUGGACCCAGCGUUCCAAGCUGGAGGCGUGGGACGCCGUGUCCUUGCUCACGCUGAAGAGUAUGCUAUCAACACGUGGGGUGUUAAAAAUCUGGGGUUGAAUGCGCUGAACACGAGGGGCUUACUGAUUGAGUGGUAUGAGAGGAGGGGGUAUGUGAAGACGGGGGAGACGUCGCCGUUUCCGGUUGAGGCGUUUAAGGAGUUGGAGUUGCCGGAAGACCUGCAUUUCGUGGAGAUGGAGAAGAAUGUUGAAGGGAGCAAAGGUGCUGGGAGCGUUUGA